GGAAAAAAAUAAAAGCAGCAGCAGCGGCGCCCACCGAAAUAAACAGAGGCGGAGAGACACGGGAGGAAAAUAAAACCCCGCAUUGAGGGAGCAGCCAGGCGCAGGAGGAGAAGGGCUCACUUCCCCCAGCCUGCUCCAGAGAGGCUUGAUCAUCUGCAGGGGCGGCGUGUCCUGCUGCUGAGCCCCCCCGCUCGGCUCGGAGACCCAGAGAGGGGAUCACUUUUUUUUAUUGUUGUUAUUGUUUUUAAUCCGCAUCUCCCCCCUUCUCCUCCUCUCCCCUCCCCUCCCACCAUCACCCCCCCCCCGACCCAACUUAAAGAAAGAGAGGAGGCUACAGAGAGAGGACAGAGACGCGUCUGAUUCCUUCAUCUGUGGGAAUUCGUUCCUGCGAGUUUACUACGUGAGACACAUCUAAUGCCCAGCCGAGAAGAAGAGGAAUAAAAAGAGAGGGGGGGAGGGGACACCCCAGCCGCAGCCGCAGGAGGAGAGGGGGGGAAGCCAGCGAGGUGUGGGGGAGCAGGGAGGCAUAAAAGGGGCCAGCGCUUCUGGGGGUGCGGGGCUCAGGGCGGAGGUUGGCGGCAGUGACAUUUCCUUGGCAGGGUGUGAGUGAGUGUGUGUGUGUGUAUUGAAGGGAAAGGCAACGCGAUUGUCCCCCCUCCCUCCUUCCCUCCCCCUCGCCUCCCCCUCCUCUGCCCUGCCCGCCCGCCCCCGCCUCAGCUCCUUUAAUACACUUUGGUUCUCCGCCUGGCUUUGGACUCGUCUCUCUGUGGCUCGCUCGCUCGGCGGCUGCUGCUGCUGCUCGGUGCAGCGGGGGGAAGCCUGGUCCCUGGAUCCUCCUGCUGCUGCUGCCGGGUGGUGCCCGGGAAGGAAGAGGAGCAGCCGCGGGGGAGGAAGCGGAGAGGAGCGGCAGGACCAUGCUGCUGGACGCCGGACCCCAGUUCCCUGCCAUUGGAGUGGGCACUUUCGCUCGGCACCAUCACUCGGCCGCCGCCGAGAUGCAGGACCGGGAGCUGAGCCUGGCGGCGCAGAACAGCUUUGUGGACUCGGCAGCCCACAUGGGGGCUUUUAAACUCAACCCCGGGGCCCACGAUCUGUCCCCCGGCCAGAGCUCGGCUUUCACCUCGCAGGCUCCCGGCUACCCAGCGGCAGCGUUGGGUCCCCAUGCCGCCCAUGUCAGCUCCUAUUCCGGGGCGCCUUUCAACUCCACCCGGGACUUCUUGUUUCGCAGCCGGGGCUUUGGGGACUCGUCUCCGGCCGGCGGCCAGCACGGGAUCUUUGGCCCUGCGGCCGGGACCCUCCAUCACCCGCACACGGACGCUCAGAGCCACAUCCUCUUCCCCGCCAUUCACGACCAGCAUGGCCCCCACGCCUCCCAAAACGUCCUGAAUGGGCAGAUGCGCCUGGGUUUGCCCGGGGAGGUCUUCGCCCGAUCGGAUCAAUACCGCCAGGUCUCUAGCCCCAGGACUGAUCCCUAUUCGGCGGCUCAGCUGCACAACCAGUAUGGCCCCAUGAAUAUGAAUAUGGGCAUGAACAUGGCAGCUCACCACCAUCACCACCCAGGUGCCUUUUUUCGAUACAUGAGACAACAGUGCAUCAAGCAAGAGCUGAUCUGCAAGUGGAUCGACCCCGAGCAGCUGAACAACCCCAAAAAGAGUUGCAAUAAAACUUUUAGCACCAUGCACGAGCUGGUCACCCAUGUCUCGGUGGAACAUGUUGGGGGACCCGAGCAGAGCAACCAUAUCUGUUAUUGGGAGGAGUGUCCCCGGGAAGGCAAACCUUUCAAAGCCAAAUACAAACUGGUCAAUCAUAUCCGAGUGCACACGGGAGAGAAGCCGUUCCCCUGUCCUUUUCCUGGCUGUGGGAAAGUUUUCGCCAGAUCAGAAAACCUAAAAAUCCACAAAAGGACACACACAGGAGAAAAGCCUUUCCAGUGUGAAUUUGAAGGCUGUGACAGACGUUUUGCCAACAGCAGCGAUAGGAAGAAGCACAUGCAUGUCCACACUUCAGAUAAGCCCUAUCUGUGCAAAAUGUGCGACAAAUCCUACACCCACCCCAGCUCUCUGCGGAAGCACAUGAAGGUCCAUGAAUCUUCCCCUCAAGGCUCUGAAUCGUCCCCGGCUGCCAGCUCGGGCUAUGAGUCCUCCACCCCCCCGGGCCUGGUGUCCCCCAGCGCCGAGACUCAGAGCACCACCAACCUAUCCCCGGCGGCGGCGGCGGCUGCAGCUGCGGCGGCGGCCGCGGUGUCUGCGGUGCACAGAGGCAGCGGCGGCGGCGGCGGCGGCGGCGGCGGGGGAGGCAGCGGCAGCGGAGCCGGCGGGGGUGGAGGGGCCAGCGGGAGCCACAGCGGCCUCUCCUCCAACUUCAACGAAUGGUACGUGUAGGGGCCCUGCCGGACUGCUGGGCAAGGCCCCCGCGCCUGCCCUCCCCGCCGAGGAGGAGGAAGAAGCAGACACACCGGGAAGGUGCUGGAUCCUGUUUGGUUUGGGUUUAAUUCUUAACCAGCGAAAGGAUUAACAACUUAAACGGCUCUAGAGCCCAGGAGAGCAAAUCCUCGCCAGAGCCUCCAAAGCAAAAAAAAUCCGCCACAGCUAAACUCUUCUUGUGUCCCACCCCCCCGUUUCCCUCUGCCCCAGCACCCUCCAUCCCGACCAGCUGUGUAUAUAGAGGACUCCUCCUUCCUCCUCCAAGGUGGUAAACGAAGUUUUAUCCGAUUAUUGGUGUAUAGAAGUUCGUCCCAUUUGUAAACUACGGAUUGAUUUCCUCCCACCCCCAAAAAGUGAUGGACUUUUUUCGUUUCUUUUCUCUUUUUAGUUCAUCCAUUUAAAAAAAAGUAACGUGGAAGAAAAUGGUUUCUUUUGUAAUUGUGAUAAUGAAUAUUGUGUUCUUUUUUAAGAGGCAAUUUGAUUGUAAACUUAAUUCAACUAUAGACUGGGGGAAAAACUGUGCCAAAGUCUCCAUUUUGUUACACACACACACACACACACACACACCAACAACAACAACGCUUGUGAAUGUAUUUUUCUGUUAGCUGGGUUUACAUGUGAUGUUUUAGUGCUUUUGCAAGUUCAAUUUGUUAGUUCCUGUUUGGAAGAUUGUGAGGAAAAAUAAACGUCGUGCCGUUAGCUUUUCCCUAAUAACACCCUUCCUUCUGUAAAUACCUGUUACCAUAUUUAUCCAUUUGUAAUUAAAUUAUGGUAUUAACUUGCUACAGAGGAAACAGUAUUUAUAAAGAAUGUUUCUUAACUAUAAAUAUGUACAAUUGUGAGCAUAAACUGUUUCAGAUUUUUUAUUUGAAGGUUUAAGUGGUUUCAUCAUUUUUUGUGAUAUGUUUUGAGAGUAAUGCAUACAGAAAUAUAAUAAAAUGUGUUGAAACUGCA